GAAACAUCAGUGCUGCGGAGAAAGCUCUUGGAGCAUGCUAAUCUUGUAAGAUAUGCUGAAAAUCUUAAAAUUGAUUUCAUAGAGGCUGGCGCAUCAUUGUCUUCUAAUCAACCAUUCCAGUCAGAUUCAUCAUCAUCGGCAUCAAGGCGAGGUCCCUCAAAUUGGA